AUGUCAGACAUUGAUAGAGGUACGGACAAUGACGAGUCGUCUAUUAUUUUGAACUUUUGUAUCAAGAAUUUUUAUGUCGCUUGGGUUCGUGUUAGCACCCAAACCAUACUUUCUAUACACCACCGAAUGGUGACCGAAAAUGCAAGAAUAACUUUAUCUUACAAUGAUCAUCGGACGUGGUUUCUUCAUAUCCGCAAUGUACAGGAGACCGACAGAGGCUGGUAUAUGUGCCAGAUCAACACGGAGCCCAUGACAAGUCAAAAAGGAUAUCUACAAGUUGUCGUUCCUCCGAAAGUGAUCGACGAAGAAUCCAGCAUGGAUCUCAUAGUGAAAGAAGGAUCAGACAUGCUUUUACAGUGUAAAGCCCGGGGAUAUCCCGAACCAUACAUAAUGUGGCGAAGAGAAGACGGGAAGGACAUAAACUACAACGGUCUCACGGUGAACGUGAUCGACGGAGAAAAGUUAAUGAUCAGAAAGAUCAGCAGAUUGCACAUGGGAUCUUACCUGUGUGUGGCUUCCAACGGGGUGCCGCCUACCCGCAGCAAGCGCAUCAUCGUCACCGUACACUUUCCUCCGAUGUUGAUGAUUCCUAAUCAAUUAGAAGGAGCUCGAAUAGGGGUCUCUUCGAAACUGGAAUGCCACACGGAAGCAAAUCCUCCUUCGAUCAAUUACUGGACGAACGAACGCGGGGAUAUGAUCGUUUCCGGUUCAAGAUUUUUAGACGAUAAAAUCAGAACUGGAUACGUGUGCAAAAUGAUUUUGCAUAUCUCCAACGUUAGUACUGAAGAUUUCAGUAGUUACAAAUGUGUAGCAGUAAACGCUCUUGGCGAGACUGACGGCAUCAUUAAGCUCUAUGAAAUCACAACUGUCGUCGAAUCAUCCAACGAAGUAAUUUUUGAAGGUGAAAACUACAAGUACAGCGUCAAUGUCACCGAAGUAACAGAUUAUUUGGAUGGGACGACCGGUGCCAUUUAUGACAAUAUUACUAGCUACGUUUCAUCUAGUCAUACACUUGCUCAUAGUUUUGUUUUGUAUUUAAUAUUAAUAUCAAUUAAUGACAAUUUGUUAAAUAUUGUAUAA